CCAAUAGCGGGAGGGGCGUCUUUUUUCCGCGCGCGGAAAGUGGGCCGAAGCCAUUGUGCGCGUGCGGCCGCGGUGGCGCCGUUGCCAGGAGAAGUGGGCGUGGCCGGCUCUGCGCUUGCUGCUGCUGCUGCGAGAGGAGGAAAGAUGGCGGAGGAGGAGAAGCUCCCCGCUGGCUGGGAGAAGCGAAUGAGCCGCAGCUCUGGCCGUGUCUACUAUUUCAACCACAUCACAAAUGCCAGCCAGUGGGAACGCCCCACUGGGAACAGCAAGAACGGACAAGGGGAGCCAACAAAAGUGCGAUGCUCACACCUUUUGGUGAAACAUAACCAGUCUAGGAGGCCUUCUUCAUGGAGGGAGGAUAAGAUCACCCGGAGCAAGGAGGAGGCCCUGGAGCUAAUUAAUGGCUACAUCCAGAAAAUAAAAUCUGGGGAGGAAGACUUUGAAACCUUAGCAUCACAAUUCAGUGACUGCAGCUCAGCCAAGGCUGGAGGAGACUUGGGUACUUUUGGAAGAGGUCAGAUGCAGAAACCUUUUGAAGAUGCCUCAUUUGCGCUGAGGACUGGCGAGAUGAGUGGACCGGUAUUCACGGAUUCAGGGAUCCAUAUCAUCCUCCGUACAGAGUGAAAGUGCCUUUUGGUGCAAUGCGCUUGGGAAAGGAAAGGGUGGUGAGAGAAAGGAACGAGAGAACCUGUAUUCCAGUCCUCUGCACUCUCUACCCUUGUACAAAAUUCAUAUUGAGCUUCUUUUUUUUAUUUCUUAUUUUAUAAAACACGUUGUUUCCUAUCUUUGACACCUUGAUAUGAUGUCCCCCUCAAAAAACUCCCUGUAGAGAUGCAUGGUUAGCCGAGGUUGAAAACACAAUCAAAACAAAGAGACAGUAGCAUCUUUUAUAAGCACAGAGAGGAGGAUGUUUUUAAGGGGGGGGGAGUGAAUACAUCCACAGCCGCUUGAAUUUGAUAUUGACGGUUCCCCCUGUUCAGGAGAUAUGCCUGUACUACAGGGUUAUUCUUCAAUGCUCUUGCUCUAUAUUCAACUUUACAAUAGAGUUAUUUAUUACAGAGCUCCACUGAUAGUGGCAACAUUUAGCUUUUUGGUGGUUUUUAGAUAGAAUUCAAACCUUUUCUGCUAGCAUCUGUCUUUGUUUAGGUUGAGAAGUAAUAUGUUCCCUCCCCAUCCAGAAAUUCAGCAACAUUCAGUUUUCCAGUUGGCCAACCACUAAUACAUUGUGCUUUGGUACAUAACGGGAGCCUUUCUCCUGCAGGAUAGGCUCUGAAGUAGCAGCUUUCAAAGCCUCAUACAGCAACCUGUCUGAGCCAUGAUAGUGUACAAAUGGAGGUGGCUAGACUUCCAUGUUCAUUUUAUAACGGGGGGAGAUUUCCAUGCCUAUAAAGCAUGUUCAGUUGAUUGCACCUUCCACUGAAGCAAAUGGGGGAGGCGGUACCUGUUUGGGUAGGAAUCUGGUUUGAACAUCACAGCAAUCCCAGAAUUCUGGAUCCAGAGACCUGAUUUUUAACCUACCAUACAUUGGCUUUUGAUCAAUUUUCACAUUGACUUGAAACUUGAAGAGGCCUUUUUAAGAUAGGCAAAAAUGUUAGCCAUGGAUACCUUUCCCACACAGCGCUUCCCUCUCCCCACCCCAAGUUUAGACCCAUGUAAAAUUACCUUAGGAUAGCUGUAUGUUGACUAUUCCUGCAUCUAGUUCUUGAUGUCGCAACAACAUCCCCAGGGAAGGGUCAUUAGGUGUAGGCUUACAGGCUUUUUAUUUUGUUUGAUUUGGUUUGGUAUGUUUUUUUUUUAAGAUGCAGGUCCAUUUGUGGUUUAAGACAGCACUGUAAAUUCACUGUUUUAGUUUUGCUGAAUUGCUUUCAGUUUAGUUUUAUCAAUAGGAUCCCAACCAAAUUCUUUGCUUUGGGUCUGAUGCAAGCAAGCUUUUGUGUAAAUAUAUAUGUAUAGAGAGAGUGCUCCUUUUCUCUUAUGCAAGAAAAAUAAAAAUAAAACCCUUGCCAAUUAAUUAUCA